GCAGGUGAAAGUGGAACCAGGGGGCCCUUUUUGGACCCAUCUUAUAAAUAAGGGCAUGCAGCCGUGAAAUUCCAGCCGAAACACUUUUUCCGGCAUCGUCCUCGUGUGUGCGUCUUUCUUCCCAGCCGAAUCAUGAGGGGUCUAGCUUACUUUUGCAUCCUGGGAUUCCUGGGCCUCCUGCUGCUGAUCAUCAUCGUGGCAGGGGAAGGACCCGUGGAGUUGAAGAAGGGGAACGUGACGUUGGAACCGAGACCCUUCCAGAUGCCGAUGCCGAUGGCCAGGCCCAUGGCGAGGCCCUUGCCCCUCUUGCCUUUCUUCUUUCAAUCCUCGCAGGCGGGAGACUUCACUCCCGCCGCACCCCGAGCGGCAGAGACGGGGACCGGCCUUCUCAGCCUCCUCAGCCCGAUCACUUGGGUCACGCUGAUCCUCGGCGGGGUGUUCGGGGCCGCCCUCCUCCCCUGGAUUCAAACUCUCCUCCCGGGGAUCCCAGGCCUCCUCGCGGGGAUUCCACUCGGGCGCUCGGACGCCGUCAAUUACACCUUGGCAAACGCCACUGCCAGGGCCGAGAACUCGACGGCAGGGUUCGGCCUGCCGUCCUUCGAUCCCGCCAGGAUGUUGUCCGACUCUCGAACCUUGGAUUUCGCCAAUCUGGCCCUUGGGGCUGUGAUGGGGGACAAGGAAUGUCUGAAAAGGGCUUUCUGCGAAUCCGGACGCUUCCUCAAGCCUAUCCCAGCCAAGAACAUCCUUUUCUUGCUCAUGCGUCUAUUGGGGCCUCAAUGGUCAGACGGUAUAGAGAUCGCGAGGGGAAGUGCAUUGGAGCUCGACCAGAAGGGAUGCGAGGACCAGUUCAAAUGCUUCGUCGGUCCGCUUUUCGGAUGAUCUAGAUGCAUUCUCGUCAUUCAUUUGACCUUUUAGCUUUAUUCGAGAUCCGAGUAUUUUUUAAAGAUAUAACACAAAGGUUGUCCAGAUAUUUUUAUCACGAAUAAAUACCAAAAUGUAGAGAGACAAG